AUAUGAGAAACAUGGGUUUACUUUUUUCGAGUGUCGGACUUUGUGAAUUAAUUUCUAAUUCAACCGAUCUAGUACAAUUUUUGGCGCAUAAUAUGUCGAAACAUUCAUCUCACUUGGGAGAUUAUUUGUCCAUAAAUAUUUUAGAAAAAUAAUUUUGUGGAUUCUACCAAAUUUAGGUCCGAAAUUGCCCUGUUACAAGCUAAAUGUUUACUUGUCCUUAAUGAAAGUGAAUUGAGUAUAUUAAUUGAGGAAGGAGUGUGUACGUAGUGAUCCGGGAAAAAGAUGAAGACAACGAUGUGGGAGUUCUGGGCGGUGGUUUUGGCGAUUGGGGCGGCGGUGCCGAGCAGAUGUGAGGGGAAGUGCUCGUCGUCUUUUCCGGCCAUCUUUAACUUCGGCGACUCUAACACCGACACCGGCGGUUUCUGGGCAGCUUUUCCGUCUCAGGGCCCUCCCAAUGGCAUCACCUUCUUCGGAAAACCGGUCGGGAGGGCAACCGACGGCAGAGUCAUUCUUGAUUUUCUGGCAGAGGGAUUGGGGCUGCCAUUCUUGAGCCCAUACUUGAAAUCAAUCGGGUCGGAUUACAGGCACGGCGUCAACUUCGCGACAUUGGCUUCCACCGUCCUCCUCCCCCACAGCUCCCUAUUCGACACCGGCAUCAGCCCUUUCUCCCUCGCGAUUCAGCUCAACCAGUUCAAGCACUUCAAGGCCGCGGUCGACGGCGGCGGCGGCGGCGCUUCCACAUUCUUGCCACCGGAAAACGUGUUCGGAAAAGCCCUCUACACGUUCUACAUUGGCCAGAAUGACUUCACCGGCCGCCUGGGGUCUCUGGGCAUUAGUGGUGUCCAGCCCUUCUUGCCCGAAGUUGUCUCUCAAAUAACAGACUCUAUCAAGGAAAUACACGGGAUGGGAGGACGCACAUUCAUGGUUCUCAACCUCGCACCGAUAGGGUGCUAUCCCGCGUUCCUCGUGGAGCUUCCUCACAAUGCUUCAGAUAUAGACCGCUUCGGAUGCCUCAUUUCUUACAACAAUGCGGUGGUCAACUAUAACAACAUGUUGAGAGACGCCCUCCGGGAGACGAGGAAAGGCCUUAAUAAGGACACAAAGGUCAUAUAUGUGGACACUCACUCCAUCCUUUUAGAGCUAUUUCGCCACCCCACAUCUCACGGGUUGAAGUAUGGAACAAAAGCAUGUUGUGGGCAUGGAGGGGGAGAGUAUAACUUUAACAAGGACGUUUUCUGCGGGAACACAAAGGUCGUGAACGGAGAGAAAGUGAGUGCAGGAGCAUGUGAUGAUCCGCAGAACUACGUGAGUUGGGAUGGAAUCCACAUGACAGACGCAGCAAACAAGCUCAUCGCGUCUGCCAUUUUCGCCAACAACAACAAUGCUUCAUCUUAUUUCGAUCCUCCUUUUGCAUUUCAUCACCAUUGUGAUAUCCAUCCCAUUAGCUAGUUAUAUAAAAAUGUGCACUAUACAAGCUAUACCUAGCUCUCUGACUUAAAUAAAUUGUGUGCCCUUGGCUUUGUUAAGUACAAAUUAAAAUGAAUAAUCAAAUUAAAUCUACCAUAAAGACAACAUAUUGCACACCAAUACAUACCAAUAACCAAGAAAGGUUUAU